UUCAGAAAUGUUGCAUAUGAAACGUGAAAUCUUGAAAUGAUUUUAAAACCUUCCUGAAAGCUUUCUGUAUUAAUCGGUGCUGUAUGGGUUGAUUUCCAUGGAAGAUCGAGUUCAAUGCGUGCGCGUUUUCUUAGCGUUUUCAAUGUGUCUGUGCGGAAGGAGCUCGCGUGCCGAUUCGACGAGAAAAAGAAGCUUCUGAACACAAUACUACACACGAUCGAAUGUCCGAUGCCCGAUGUACGUAUGCAAAGUGACUGUUCGGGGAAACGAGGAAUCAAGAUUUCUCGCGCCGUAACGUCACGCCAUCGCUACACGCGGCCGAUUAAUUCCUCGGCCGCGUAUUAAUUACAGUCGUUACGUUUACCGUACGCAGUUCCUCAAACGUAAUCGUCAGAGGACGCGAGUCAGGGAGCCAGCCCGCCGGCGCACGCUCCUGGGCCAUCGUCGCAUCUCAAAAGCGAAAAAAGGAAACGCCGCGGAAAGGAGAGAGGAAAGAAGAGGAGAAAGAUGCGCACACCACACACACACACACACGCGGAUAUAUUUGACGCGCGAUUGGCGAGGCCUCGGCGACAAAGCAAGACCCGUGGGUGGAGACGGGGUACUCGCGUGACCCCCCUACGCUCCUGGCUUUCUGGAAAUCGUCAGCGGUCCGGGGCCAUUAAACGCGUUAUAUGUGUCUUGCAAUUUGAUCCCGCGGCGCUCGGUGCGGUGCGCCGCGAUCGGCGAGUAAUUUACGCGAAUUCCUGGGCAUCCGGGAAUCUGCCCCGCGCGACUGCACCUCCUGGGUCUCCUCGUCGCGCCCGAUGCCACAACGUCGUCCCUCGCCUGCGGUCCCUGCGUUGUCGCGCAGCAUCCGUGACGCAACGCCCGUCGUGCCGAGCGUCGACGCUCGUCACCAGGCGGACGGUGUGCGCGCACGCAGCAUUGUCUCACCGAUUCUCCGAGUAAAUGAACGCGAGAACUUCUGAGUAAUGCAAGGCAUGAUGCCAGUUAAGACGAAAUCUCGUGUUUCUGAAAACAUGGGGGUCACAGGUGGACUGGUGGACGCUCGCGCCAAGCAAGUCUUGAGGGAAGCAGUGGACGCGGUUGUUAACAGUUUUGCCAAGCACAGCGAAGGCUACGGCAGAGUCAAUGUCGUGGAAGCGUUGCAAGAAUUCUGGCAAAUGAAGCAAGCCAGAGGAACAGAACUGCGAAACGGCGCGUUGGUCAUUUACGAGUCCGUCCCUGGUGCCAAUCCGCCUUACGUUUGCUACGUCACGCUUCCCGGAGGGUCCUGCUUCGGGAGUUUUCAGAAUUGCCCCACGAAGGCGGAGGCACGGAGGUCAGCGGCGAAAAUUGCCCUGAUGAACUCCGUGUUCAACGAGCACCCGUCGAGGAAGAUCACUGACGACUUCAUCGAGAAAGCUGUCGCGGAGGCGAGGGCCAGCUUCGCGAAGCCCUCGGCGACGUCGAACGGAGUCGGUAGCCAGGCACAAGUGAACAAAGGUAGCGGCGACGAGAAGGAAGACCCGAACACCGGAAUAGGCGCGUUUCGUUUCAUGUUGGAGUGCAACCGCGGCAAAACGAUGCUCGAGUUCCAAGAGCUGAUGACCGUCUUCCAGCUGCUUCACUGGAACGGCUCCCUGAAGGCCAUGAGGGAGCGACAGUGCAGCAGGCAGGAGGUGGUCGCGCACUACAGUCACCGCGCCCUGGACGACGACAUGCGCAGCCAAAUGGCGCUGGACUGGGUGGCGAGGGAGCACGAGAGCGGCGGCGGGGUCGUGGCGAUGGAACUGGCCCUGGCCGAGCGCGAGCUCGAGACCGCGCGGUUAGCGGGACGCGAGCUUAGAUUUCCAAAAGAGAAGAAGGACAUACUGAUGCUCGCACACGCGCAGGUGUGCCCGCAGUAAAUCCCAACGCGGACUUCUCGCCGAGGUUGCGAGCCGACCGCGCAAAUAUGGAGACUGGUCUUUCGAGGGACGAUGCUAGUUGCUAGGGGAAUAGUUAUUUUUAUUGACACGCCCGGCCGCGACGACCGUCCGUCGCGGACGGUUCUGCUUGAUUCUUCUAAGGACUAAUUUUAAAAACUAUUCCGUCCUUCUUACGAAGCAUAUCUCUUUAUAGAGCUUUCCUUUAUGAAGCAUUCCUGGUGAUAAUAGAUCUUAAACUUUUGGGAUAUCUUGAUAUGUUACGUAUAAAAGUGCUAGGUGUAUAACUGCCAUUAUUAGGAGUUAAAAAAGGUACAUUAUGCGCGCACGACUGGAGCACACUCGCAUUUUUUACAUAUCAAAUUUACUUUUGUACGUAUGUACUUGUAUAUAUAUAUAUAUUUCGCAAGGCUCUCUCUUUGUCUUCCAUUAUCGGUAUAUCUUGUACGAUUUGAUCUUCAAUUGUUACGAUCGGGGUACGAUCGAGUUAGAUUAAAGGAGCGGAUGAAAUUUUUUAAUAUGCAUUUGAGAAAGGGGCGUACUUGAGAAAGAGUCAAAAAUUGGACACAUGCACACGUGCGUGCAUGUGACGUUCUCAUUAACGUAUUCUAAAAUUUCAAGACGGUGAAACGCGUGAAACAGGGUAGGUAAAAGGGGCAAUGUGAUACGUUGAUUCUUACGGCUUUAUAAAAUAUAAACGUGUUAAUUCCGCAUAAUUACGUAUCAGGCUAUGAAACUUCAACGGAGGCAAACUUUUUCGCGCACGAUAAUACACUUUAGGGUGAAUAGGUCUUAUGUACUGCAAGCUGGAUACUCGCCUAUAAGCGACGUCAUGCUUUAUCUCCGAUUCUGAAGACGCAGAAGGCAGAAGGAGAGAAAAGUAGGCGCUCGCGUAUUAUUCCGAUACUCACACAUUCAUAUUACUGUUACGCAACUCGGUAUAUUUUAUAUGUACGUCGAUCGAGAAAGGGUGAAUGUACCGCCCUCUCUCCCCCCAAGCACAGUUGAAUAGGAUAUAGUCUAUAAUUGUUUUAUAAAUAUUUUAUUAUUAUUAAAUAUUGAUAAAUAC